ACAAGGUGGCAGAAGUCCAAGUCCAAUGUCGACAACGACGUACGCAUCGCACCUGGCACCGCUUCUGCAUCCGCAAUGUGCUGGUACUGACAAGAAAACAUAACAAAAACAUAACAAUUCGUUUCGUCUAACGUUCAUUACGGUUAUUCGCAUAUAACCAUGGGCUUCUUCUCGUCGCGCAGGAUAGUGGACGAGUCCCAGUCGUACAUCCAUAACGACAGUUCCGUGUCCAUGUCAAUGGUCCAGGUCAUCCGUUCCAGAUUCUAUGGAAAGUACAAAGGCAAGGCGCGCGAGACGCACAAUCCUUCCAUGAUUGGGCACAGUGACCACAAUCUCCACCAUCUCAGCGCCGGGCGCUCCCCUCUCGGCACCGAGCAGUUCUUACCAUCAUCACAAGAUACUCCACGUACACAUACAGACGUGAUCACGACCACCCUUGCACAACGUCUCGAUGAACUUGCUGCCGCAAAUUCUCAGGGCUUGCUCGAUGACGAUGAAUACCGUCUUCUGCGGCAGAACAUCUUCGAACGACUUGCUUCAGGUAGCUCAGUCCCGCAGGAAGCCCCCCUUGUCCCCAUUGUCUCGCACCCACCAAACACCUACAACCUGGCUUCCGCCAAAAGUCGUUCACCGUCUGUCCGCUCCAAAUCCUCUAUCUCUUCUGCUAUGAGCACUCUCUUUAAACGCUCUUCUCGAAUCUCAGGCCACACAGCUCUCACUUCAACAACAGACGACACGUCCAUCUUCUCCAGCGGUACAUCUCGACGGCCAUUUCCUCCACAAAUGCAAAGUGAUGUUUCUCUGACAUCGGAGAACCUGCCGCAUACGGGUGAUGUGCAGUAUAUGAGUGCGAGUAUGAGUACCAGCAGUAUCAAUGUUGGAAACGGAGAAAGAAGCAGCCCGUAUCGGUCCCUCCGCCGCCUUCAAACAGGACCAGUUACCCCUCCCCCAUCCUCCUUCCGUCUCAAUAGCACAACUGGCUCGCCCUCCACACCCGUACCCCCAAUAUCAACAGUUUCACGCACGUCCUCGCAUUCUCCGUUGCACUUGCGAACUCCAUCUCUCUCAGCACCUACGAAUGCCGCCGAUCCCGAUCAUCUAUCCUCAUCGGAGCUGAAGCUCCAAAUUGCGACGCUUGAAGCUGAGGGCAGACGCUUACUUGAUGCGUUCAAUGGGCUUGAGCUUUCCUCACUGACCCGACGUCAUCCACCGCAAACACCUUCUGUGCGCCGAGUCCGCGUUGGAACGGGAGGGAGUGAUUAUGGUAGUAGAGGUGGGGGAAGUGAAAAUGGUGGUGGUAGAGGGGGGGGAAGUGAAUGUGAAGGCAGUGGAUACCUAAGCACCGGGAGAGGCACACCCUGCGAGGCUGAUACUCAAUCCAUGUACUCUGCGUCAGCAGCCUCCAGUGUUAGCCAACCACGCUCACAGCCGCAGUCAUACCGGAAUCCCUCGUUACGUGCUCCGCCAUCAACAUUAUCUGUGUCGGCAAGGAAGCGUAGUAUAUCAUCCAUAUCGUCCCGCGCCCGCGUCCCCACAAACGGUUCGAUGUACGCUUCGCACCCCUCGCCAGGACUCACCCCCAGCAAGCUGCGGGAGCUAGGCAGUGUAUCCUCUGUUAACCUUGCACGAGACUCUUCUAUUCACCUCCCAUCAACUGUGCACAACUCGCCGGUGCGUGAAGUACCUGACGAUGAUGCAUCCAUCUCGGCGCUCGAGAGCGAGUUGAAUGACAUUAGACGUCGGCGUGCAGAGGUGACUGCACGAUGUCAAGUGCGGCUGGAGUAUCUGCGGGCACAACUGCGGGGGGCAGAACUGAGAGAGAAGUUGAUGAGGAAGUGAGAAUAGUAUUUCAUCGGAUUGGCGCGUUUGCGGUGGCUCAGUCAUUUGUAAUUUGGGAUAUCAUCAUAUACCUCCGUUCGACACUACUGUUCUGUGUUAUAUGCGGAUCAUA